AUGUCCGCCUCAGCUGUGUUUGUGUUGGAUCUAAAGGGGAAGGUGCUGAUUUGCAGGAACUACAAAGGAGACGUUGAUAUGGCAGAGAUCGACCACUUUAUGCCAUUACUCAUGCAGCAUGAAGAGGAAGGGCUCCUCUGUCCUGUGUUGUCACACGGAAACGUUCACUUCAUGUGGAUCAAACACACCAACCUCUUCUUGGUGGCCACAACAAACAAAAACUCCAAUGCCUCCCUGGUAUAUUCAUUCCUCUACAAGCUUGUUGAGGUGUUCACCGAGUACUUCAAAGAGCUGGAGGAGGAGAGCAUUCAGGACAAUUUUGUGGUUGUGUAUGAGCUGCUGGAUGAGCUGAUGGAUUUUGGCUUCCCGCAGACAACAGACAGCAAGAUCCUACAGGAAUACAUUACACAAGAAGGUACGAAGCUUGAGGUCGCCAAAAGCAAAGUUCCUACCACUGUCACUAAUGCAGUUUCUUGGCGGUCGGAGGGCAUAAAAUACAAGAAGAAUGAAGUCUUUAUAGAUGUCAUUGAAUCCAUCAACGUUCUGGUGAAUGCAAAUGGAAACGUGAUGAGCAGUGACAUUGUGGGCAGCAUUAAGCUAAAGACCAUGUUAUCUGGAAUGCCCGAACUCAGACUGGGACUCAAUGACAGAGUUCUUUUUGCCUUGACUGGGCGAGACAAGGGGAAGACUGUGGUGAUGGAGGAUGUAAAGUUUCACCAGUGCGUGCGCCUGUCACGGUUUGAAAGUGACCGCACAAUUUCAUUCAUUCCUCCUGAUGGAGAGUCUGAACUUAUGUCCUACCGCAUCAAUACCCACGUCAAGCCAUUAAUUUGGAUUGAAUCAGUAAUUGAAAAGUUUUCUCACAGUAGAGUGGAAAUCAUGGUCAAGGCAAAGGGACAGUUUAAAAAGCAGUCUGUUGCCAACAAUGUAGAGGUCAGGGUGCCGGUUCCCAGUGAUGCUGAUUCACCUAAGUUCAAAACCAGCACAGGAAAUGCCAAAUAUGUCCCUGAGAAAAAUCUGGUGGUUUGGACCAUCAAGUCUUUUCCUGGAGGUAAGGAGUUCUUGAUGAGAGCCCAUUUUGGUCUGCCCAGUGUGGAGAAAGAUGAGGCUGAGGGCAAACCUCCUAUAACAGUGAAAUUUGAAAUCCCAUACUUUACAGUGUCAGGAAUACAGGUCAGAUAUAUGAAGAUUAUAGAAAAGAGUGGUUAUCAGGCUUUACCAUGGGUUCGCUACAUCACACAAAGUGGAGAUUAUCAGUUGCGGUCAAACGUGUAG